UUUAAGACUUUCUAAAAUCACACCAUUUUUAAUUUUGCGGGGCAUGUAUGAAAAAGUUAUAAUUUCGCGGGGCUUUUCACUAAUUUUGUCUUCUGAGUGUUUGGGCGGUUGGACCUUAACCAAUACGCCACCGUUCUACUGAAUCAUUUCAUUUGUGCAGCAACCUUUACCUGUUUUUGUUAUUUAUUUUCAUUAUUAUUAUUUUUUAAAGGACCCUUUUACCUUUAUGAUUAUCCUCAUCCUAACUGAAAACUAGAUUCUCCGCCACUCGGAUCAUAGAAAUCUCCGACGACGGCUUAAAGGGAUAAGCCCCACGCCACGCUCCUCCAACGACAAUUCAAACCACGCUCUUCUUCUUCUUCAUUGGAGCUUCUAACGUUCUCAAAAUUCGACAACAGGGUUUCAGGAAAAUGUACCCUGGUGGUUACACUGCUGAAGUUACAAGCUUAUCCCCUAAAGCUACUGAGCAAGAUGUUUUUGACUUUUUCAGUCAUUGUGGUGCAGUUGAGCAUGUUGAAGUCAUCAGAUCUGGUGAAUAUGCCUGCACUGCAUAUGUGACAUUCAGAGAUGCAUUUGCUCUACAAACUGCUGUGAUGCUCAGCGGAGCUAGCAUUGUAGACCAAUGUGUAUCCAUAACACGCUGGGGAAGUUAUAUUGAUGAAUCUGAUCCUUGGAACAAUCCAUACAACCCUGAAGGCAACACUAGCUCAAUGGCUUUUCACACAAGUGAGUUCGUUUCUACUCCUGGAGAAGCAAUAACAGUUGCUCAGGAAGUUGUCAAAACAAUGGUAGCCAAGGGAUAUGUUUUGGGCAAGGACGCAUUAACAAAGGCCAAAGCUUUCGAUGAGUCCCAUCAAGUCUCAGCUACUGCAGCAGCCAAGGUUUAUGAGCUAAGCAAUAGAAUUGGGCUCACUGAGAAAAUCAAUGCAGGCAUGGAAGUUGUUAAAUCCACAGACGAGAAGUUCCAUGUUUCUGAUAUCACCAAAUCGGCCGCAACUGUUGCUGGAACAGCAGCAGUGGUAGCAGCCACAGUUGCUGGGGAAGCAGCUGUGGCAGCAGGAAGCGCUCUAGUCAAUAGCAGCUUCUUUGCCAAGGGAGCUCUGUGGGUUUCAGAUGCAUUGACUCGUGCAAGCAAAGCUGCAGCUGAUUUGGGUUCUCAUACCAAUAAAUAACCAACGUUCACAUUUGUCUUGUCUAUUUUAUCUCUUAGAAAUUUUCUUUGCAAAUAAAUAGGCUUUGAAGUAAAUUGUGAUCUAAUAGAUGGCCUUUCAAAAUGGUUUAGAAACAAUCUUGCUGGUUUUUCUUUUGACCAUGUUAUCUGCUUUGACCA